CAAAAAGAGAGGGAGAGGCCAUCCUAGCUGGAAGCAGCGAAAGACGCGGUUCUGUAGACACCGCACGCACGCGUUCUCAUCCCCUGCACGUGCGCAAUCCAUCGAUUCGAUGCGUUGCGCGCUAUUCUUGUUAGUGCACGCCCAAGCGCUGCGCUGCCGCACCCAUGCCGCGCGUGGCAUGGCGCGGCGCGCCGCAUCUGUCGACAUCGAUGCGGCGAACAACAAGGCCGCAGCGGUCGACCUCGACGCGGCAAACGCCAAGGCGAAACGCGUCUGGGCCGAGGUCGCGGUCGCGGCGCCGGAGCUCGCGCCCGACACGCGGCCCUUCGGCGACGGCGCCGCGCCCGCGGGCCUGAAAGGCACGUGGUACGUCAACGGCCUCGCGUCGUGCCGGGUGGGAGACCGGCUCGUCCACCCGUUCGAGGCGCACGGCUUCGUCAAGGCGUUCACUUUUGAUGGAAAGGGCGGCGCGACGCUGACGACGAGAUUCGUCGAGACGCCCUGCCAGCAGCUGGAGUCGCGGCUCCGGCGACCGCUCGUUCGAGGCGCCAUGUCGAACGUCGCGGACUUCGACAAGUUCCCGGACCACCUCCUGAACGCGGCGUCGCCGUCGACGCGGAGCGUCGCGCAGCUCGCGGUGCGCAGCUGGGCCGGCCGUUUGUUCGCGGGCACGGACAACGCGCCCUGGUACGGCCUCGACGCGACGACCCUCGAGACCCUGGGCGUAGAAACGAUGGGCGGCGCGCUCGCGGGCGCGAACCCGCUGGCGCACACGCGCCGCGACGCGAGGCGGAACCGCCUGAUCGCGGCCGCGGCGGCGUUCGACGCCUUCGGCGACACGACGACCACGACCUUCUGGGAGUUCGACGAACACGGAAACGAAGUGAAGAAGGUCGAGGAUAUUGAUAGGAGCUUCGUGGUCCACGACUACGCGAUCACGGACGAGCACUACGUGCUACCUAUAUCUCCUAUAGCGUUCGACCUCGACAAUAUCCCCGACUUCGCGGUCCGUGUCCGGCGUCCUAUGAGGCCUUCAAUCUGUGUCGCGGCGACUCGCCACUCACCGCCCGAUCCCGCGCAGCUGGGCCGCGCGCCGGCGACGGACCUCUUUGCGUUUGACGCGACGCAGCACGGCGCGCUGAAAUUGGUAAGCCGCACGGGCGGCGCAACCAUCAAAGUGGACCUCGGCGCCUUCGCGUGCGUCUUUCACAUGGGGCCCUGUUGGCUCGAAGACGGCAAGUUAAUAGCGCACGUUUUGUUGUUUGAGCGGUACGGCAGCCUCGGAAAUGCGAUGGGCUUCGACGUGCGGUCCCAAGCUUUUGAUCCCAUCCCCUGGAGCCGCUCGAACGGCGGGCCCACACUCCGGCGAAUCGUCGCCGACGCGGCCACGGGCGAGCUCCUGGAGAUGACGCGGCUGUCCGAUCUGAAACUGGACAUGCCGACGUUCCAUCCGUUAAGGGACGGCCUGCCGAACCGCGCGGUCUUCGGCACCGCCGGCGUCCGGCCCGACGGCUGGUUCCCGUUCAACGCCCUCGCGAAGUAUGACUUGAUAGCUAACAAAGAGGAGGUCUGGCAGACGAACGACGACAGCGUCGUCAGUGAGCCGUACUACGUGCCCCGCUCGGACGCCGACGACGGCGAGGGCUGGGUGCUUUCGCUCGUGACGGACACGGCCCGCGACGCGACGGAGCUCCUCGUCUUCGACGCGGCGCGCUUCUGCGACGGACCGGUCUGGACGGCGACCGUCGGAGGGCUGUGGCCCUGGAACGUCCACACGACGUUUGUCCCUGAGUAAUGAUUGUGUACUGUG